AUGGAAGAAGAUAGAGACCACCACCACACCGAGGCUCCGAUGCUCCCUGAUACAAAUCGUCGCAAGUUCAGUGAUGGCAGAAGAUCCAGAAAAUCUCUAUCAAUGAUUAACGUCGACGGAAGGAGAAGUACAGAGGUUUUCGUGGAAGGAGAUACGUUGGAAGAAGCUUCAUUGAGGGGGGAGCGCUGCUUGUAUGUUAACGAUAAAUGGAAAGUCCUACGUGAGGGUCCUUGGGCUUCUGAUAAAUCUUUCUUACUGAUGGGUGAAAUUGAUGGAAAGCAGCCAACUAAUCAGAUUCAACUCAAGCACAGCUUUUUCUGGUUUCACGUGAGGGAGUAUAUAUGGCUUAGAGUAGUAGUGGAUGUUAUAAAGCCACUGCUCAGAGGAAAGAAAAUCUGUAUAGGGGUGAAGGCCUUGUUUGGACAUGUUUCUCCUAUGAGAGAUUGCCCGAUUAUUGCUAUCACUGUGGCAAUAUCGGACACUCUUUCAAGGAUUGCAUCCCUAAGAGGUGGGGGCUUGGCUCAGUUAUGGUUAGCUUCUGUCGAUAUAACCAUUCAGAGCUAUUCGUCUAACCAUAUAGAUGCUGUGUUGAAGGAUGUUGGUAGGAAUAAAGUUUGUUUCUUUAUGAUGGGUGUUUAUGUUCAUCCAGAUGCCACUCAAAGGAGGAUGAUGGAUGAUUGCUUGCUAAGGGACUUAGGGUAUAAUGGGGAGAAGUUUACCUGGUGUAACUGGAGGGACGGGACUAGUAGUGUACUGGAAAGGUUGGAUAGAGCUGUUGCUAACCUUCAGUGGUGUACCUCUUUUCCACAAGCUGUUGUUAUACAUGGGUGUUCCCCGUACUCUGAUCAUAUCCUAUUGUGGUUAGAGGUAGAGUGUAUAGACGAGAAAAUGAAAUGGAGUAAAAAAAUGUUCAGAUUCGAGGCUAUGUGGGUGGGAGAAGAAGAAUGUAAAAAUAUUGUUGAUCGAGUGUGGAACAUGGGGGGAGACAGGACCUGUCGUCGAAGAAGUGAUGAAACUGAUUUCUAA